AUUGCCCUUACCACAUAGAGCUUCUCCACCCCAGUCUGGCCCCCGUGGCCCACCCCUGCCUGGCUGCUGGAAGGCGGAUGAGCAGGGACUGCAGCUGCAGGCAGGAGACCCCCAGGAGCCACACUCUUCUGUAAGUACCAGGUCUGUGUGCAGCUCAAGCCAGAGCAAUGGCAUCAUCUCUGGAAGAAUUCAUCCACUCCCUCGACCUCAGGACCCUCCCCAGGGUCCUGGAAAUCCAGUCUGGCAUCUACUUUGAAGGCUCUAUUUAUGAAAUGUUUGGAAAUGAAUGCUGUUUGUCCACCGGGGAAGUGAUUAAAAUUACUGGACUCAAAGUCAAGAAGAUCAUGGCUGAAAUUUGUGAGCAUAUGGAAAGUUGUGAGUCUCCACAACCAUUUGAACUGCCCAUGAAUUUUCCAGGUCUUUUUAAGAUUGUGGCUGAUAAAACUCCGUACCUUACUAUGGAAGAAAUUACAAGGACCAAUCAUAUUGGAGCAAGUAGACUAGGGCAUCCUUGCUUCUAUCAUCAGAAGGAUAUAAAACUAGAGAACCUCAUCAUAAAGCAAGGGGAGCAAAUUGUUCUCAACUCAGUUGAAGAGCUUGAUGGAGAAAUAAGGGUGAACUGUGGAGUAGUAAGGAAUCAUCAAAAUCACUCAUUUACCCUGCCUUUGUCACAAGAAGGAGAAUUCUAUGAGUGUGAAGAUGAACAUAUUUAUACCCUAAAGGAGAUUGUUGAAUGGAAGAUUCCCAAGAACAGAACACGAACCGUGAAACUUACAGAUUUUCCAAAUAAGUGGGACUCAAUAAAUCCAUUUCCUAAAGUCUUUGAUGGUACUCUGAUUCUCAAGCCUGUUUAUGAAAUUCAAGGUGUGAUGAAAUUUCGAAAGGAUAUAGUUCGCAUUCUUCCCAGUUUAGAUGUUGAAGUCAAAGACAUUACUGACUCGUAUGAUGCUAACUGGUUUCUUCAGCUGUUAUCUGCAGAAGAUCUUUUUGAAAUGAACAGCAAAGAGUUCCCCAUAGUGGCUGAAGUCAUAGAAGCACCUCAAGGAAACCAGCUGCUCACAAGCAUUUUGCAGCCUGGGAAAACCAUUGUGGUUCAUAAAAAGUUCCAGGCAUCUAGGAUCUUAGCCUCGGAAAUUAGAAGCCAUUUUCCUAAAAGACACUUCUUGAUCCCCACCAGCUAUAAAGGCAAAUUCAAGCGGCGACCUCGAGAGUUCCCAACAGCCUAUGACCUAGAGAUAGCUAAGAGUGAAAAGGAGCCGCUUCACGUGGUGGCCACCAAAGCCUUUCAUCCCCCUUAUGGCGAACUGUCAUCUGUGUCUGUUGGGGACCAGUUUCUAGUGCAUCACUCAGAGACCACAGAAGUCCUGUGCGAGGGAAUAAAAAAGGUGGUGAAUGUUCUGGCCUGUGAAAAAAUCCUCAAAAAAUUCUAUGAGCCAGCCCUGCUCCCUUUGUACAUGGAAGGAGCUUUUGUGGAGGUGAUUCAUGAUAAGAAACAGUACCAGAUCUCUGAGCUCUGUAAACAGUUUCGCUUGCCCUUCAACGUGAAGGUGUCUGUGAGAGAUCUUUCCAUUGAAGAGGACAUUUUGGCAGCUACACCAGGACUGCAGUUGGAGGAGGACAUCACAGACUCUUACCUGCUUGUGAGUGACUUUGCCAAACCCAGGGAGUGCUGGGAAAUCCCUGUGGGUCGCUUGAAUAUGACCGUUCAGUUAGUUAGCCAUGUGUCCGGGGAUACAGGAUCACGUCCAGUCAGGACUCUUGUAGAAGAGAUCACGGAAGAACAGUAUUACAUGAUGCGGAGAUAUGAAAGCUCUAUCUCACAUCCCCCGCCUCGGCCUCCCAAGCAUCCCUCAGCAGAGGAAACAAAGUUAACCCUGCCAACCUCAGCAGAAGAAAGGACGGUGGAUCUGCCUAAAUCUCCCAAGAGUCACCACGUAGACAUAUCCAGGAAAAUUCACUCAAAUCCAGCUGGCCUGGAUUCAGAAGCACCAGUCAGUUGUCACAAUGAUUUCGUUGAUGUGGAGAGGGAGAGGACAAACCCUGGGGCCAGUGCAGUAGCAGACACCGAUGUGACCACAGAUAUAUCCAAAAAUGAAAAACAUCAAAAAUAACAAGAUGUGAUGGGAGCCACUUAGGCAGUGAACAUAAAUGUUGCAAUGGAAAAGGAAGCCUAGCCUCAAGCUGAAAAACAACUACUCCCCAGCGAACUCCAGAAGAAACUUGACUGGCCACUGCAAAGGAGAAAACAACCUUAAAGUUUCAUCAGAUCAAACUCAAAGAGAAACCUAUGAUAUGGAAUUAACAUCUAACAUUAACAUUAACAGUUAGAACCCUAACUCUACUGUUGUGACAACAUCUAUAUGUAUUGAUUCAUUGUUUUCUAGGAAAUAUUUAUUUAAUGUGAACCUUUUAUGUGGUUUUUAUUUCCAGUACCAAAAACUAAGGUAUUAAAAAGUAAUUUUAUAUUUCGAUUUCUGAGUAAAACCUAUCUAAAAUACGAUGAAAGCCCUUCAAAUACUUUCACUUUUUUUUUGUUGUUGUUUGCUGUAUUUCUAGUGUUAUCAUCAUGCCUGUUAAGAACUAACUUAAGGAAAAAUAAUUGUAUUUGAGAGUGAUUUUAAAAUUCCCAGAUUUAUUAUCUAAUUCCCUGGGAAUGGUGGAAAUAAGUUUGACUUCACAUUUUCAGUUUGUUUUAUGAAUAUGUUGUAAAUAAAGUGUUCCAGUCUCAACAGCCAGAGCCACCGAGAGUCAUAGGAAUUUUCCAUAAAUUUCUCCUCUACCCCCUAACCACCAUGGUUCAAAACUGAAAAUCACCAGAGUUCUAUACUAUAUACCAGAGAACCCUUUAGAUGGAUGUUUAUUAGGAUUAUAGGAAAAUUAUCUAGUUAAUCAUAAUAUUUUAUGGAGAGAAAAAGGCAACAGAAUUGUAAUCAGCUAUAAUGAAUUUGGUUGACUAGAAACCAAAGCAAUUCUUCAUUAGUGCUCUCACAGUCACCCCAUCUGUAAAAAUUACCUUAAGGGUUCUCACGUUUUGAUAAAUUUUCUUAUUUUUUAUUAAGCAUACAGGAGCAAUAUUAUUUUGCCUUGAACAAAAUAAAGAGACCGAGAGAUUAUCUGGUUAAUGUUACACAGGAAUUUAAUGGUAAGCCUUGGACUUGCUUUGCAAGUCAUACUCUAUACCAAAUGUAACUGUUAGCUAAUCUCUCUUUAUACUUAUUUAUGAGAUCUUAUGAGAUUAAAUUAUAUGUUGAUUUAAUACCAAAGACUUUCUGAAGACAAGAAAUUAUUGGAUAACCUUUUUUUUUCUAGAGACAAAGUCUUGCUUUGUCGCCCUCAGUAGAGUUCCAUGGUGUCACAGUUCACAGCAACCUCCAGCUCUUGGGCUUAGAUGAUUCUCUUGCCUCAGCCCCCCGCGUAGCUGGAAUUACAGGCGCCCGCCACAACGCCCGGCUAUUUUUUUGUUGCAGUUUGGCCAGGGCCAGGUUUGAACCCGCUACCCUCGGUAUAGAGGCUGGUGCCCUACUCACUGAACCACAGGCACUGCCCCACUGGACAACUUUUUAACAGAAAAAAUGACAGUUAGAGAUCUUCAGACAAUGAUUAGAUUCUGAUUUAGCUUAUUUCCCGUUGCAUUUCUUUUUAAGUGAUUUCCAGUGCCCUAAAGAUUCUCACAUGAUUUGAUUGUGGUAGUAUUGUUAUCUACAAUUUCUAAAAUUGUUUGGCAUGGUUUUGCUUUUAUUUAUUUUACCUUUUUGUACCUAUAAGAAUAAAAACUUUUCAAAGUUUACACCCUCACAUUUGAUUAUUGAAAGCCACAGAGAACCCUAACUCAGCCCACCAACCUCAGCAAACUGCGUGACAGGUGCUUUUAGACUCCUAGAAUUUGUUGUUUUUCACAUAAUAAUGAAUACUUCAUAUUUUUUACUUGCUAGAUGAUAACAAUUAAACUUGUACCUUCGAUAAGUAUAAUUCUUUGACUAGAAAACCCAGAGAAUGCAUAUCUUAUUUGAGUAGCAAAUCAAUAACUUUCUCAUGGAAAUCACAUAUAACAUUUUUAAAUGACUAUGCCCUUAUACAUACUGUGCUUCUGGGAAUCUCCAUACUAUGAAGUGUAAUAAAUUUCAUGGUCACUUAUGGAAGAUGUUGGGGGGUUAAAAAUAAAUUUUCUGAUUUUUAUUUGUAUGUAUUCUUUGCCAUGUUUAACUGUGAAAUAACCAUUUUCUUAUAACAAGGAAGC